UUGUUUUCCCACAAACCCCCUCUCUGAAAUUCCUUGCUUGCAGUUUUUUUUCCUUUUCUUUCAUUUUUUAGCUGCAGCUAGAUAUGGCGAGUGGCCAGUACAAAGAUGUUGAACAAGGCAAAAUUAAUAGCCUUGAAGACCUGGAAACUCCAUUGAUCCAUGAAGAUAAGAUAGUUUCUUACAAAACUGAUGAUGAUGGGACUGAUCAUGAAACUAGAUCUAUUGGAAUGGUUCUGCUUAGUACAUUUGUUGCUGUUUGUGGUUCUUUUGGAUUUGGUUCUUGUGUGGGCUAUUCAGCACCCACUCAAUCUGCAAUCAUGGAAGAUCUUAAUCUCACAACAUCCCAGUACUCCAUGUUUGGUUCUAUACUAACAAUUGGUGCAAUGCUUGGUGCUAUUACAAGUGGACGGAUUUCAGACUACAUUGGUCGAAAAGGGGCCAUGAGAAUGUCAGCUGGAUUCUGCAUUACAGGGUGGCUAGCUGUGUUUUUCUCUACAGGAUAUCUGUCGCUUGACAUGGGAAGAUUUUUCACUGGUUAUGGCAUCGGAGUUAUCUCCUUUGUGGUCCCAAUAUUCAUAGCAGAAAUAGCCCCAAAGAAUCUUCGUGGUGGGCUUACCACGUUGAAUCAGCUCAUGAUCGUUACUGGGUCAUCCGUUGCAUUCUUGUUAGGAAGUGUCAUAACAUGGAGAGCAUUAGCUCUUACUGGCCUUAUACCAUGCAUUUUCCUUCUCGUUGGUCUGUUCUUUGUCCCGGAGUCUCCCAGAUGGCUGGCAAAAGUUGGCAGAGAAAAAGAAUUCCAAGCUGCAUUGCAGAAACUCCGUGGCAAAGAUACUGAUGUUACACGCGAAGCAGAGGAAAUCCAUGUUCACAUUCAAACUCUACAAUCCCUUCCCAAAGCUAGAAUUCUUGAUUUAUUUCAAAGACAAUACAUUCGUUUUGUAUUCAUUGGAGUAGCAAUAAUGGUAUUCCAGCAAUUUGUAGGAAUUAAUGGCAUUGGAUUUUAUGCUAGUCAAACCUUUGAAUCUGCUGGACUUUCUUCUGGAACAAUAGGAACCAUAGCUUAUGCUUGUAUUCAGGUUCCAAUAACAAUAGUGGGAGCUUUGCUAAUAGACAAAUCAGGAAGAAAGCCACUGAUAAUGGUUUCUGCAGCUGGGACAUUCCUAGGCUGCUUUCUAGCAGGAGUUUCUUUCUUUCUCAAGGCACACAGUUUGCUGCUGGGAUGGGUACCUAUAAUGGCUGUUUCAGGAGUGCUGGUUUAUAUAUCAGCAUUCUCAAUUGGAAUGGGAGCAGUUCCAUGGUUGAUCAUGUCUGAGAUUUUCCCAAUAAAUAUAAAGGGCAUUGGUGGGAGCUUGGUGGUGCUUGUGAACUGGUCAGGUGCCUGGCUAGUUUCCUACACUUUCAACUUUCUCAUGAACUGGAGUUCAUCAGGCACAUUCUUUCUGUACGCCGGAGUCUCAUUGGCAACAAUCGUAUUUGUGGCCAAGUUUGUGCCUGAAACCAAAGGAAAAACACUAGAACAAAUUCACGAAUCUAUCAAUUCAUAGGAAGGGAUCGGAAAGUUGUAACUAUUGGAAGUUGAGUGGAAAUUAUUCUUUUGAAGACCUUAAAAAUUUUGAUGGCACAGCAGCAGCAAAGGUCCAGUUCAAUACAGCAAGAAGUUGCAGUUGCACACUCUUUGCAGAUUGCAAAAAUGUCCAUCAAAAUCAUUUUUUUCCUCAGAAAGAGACCAUUAGGGCCAGGGUCUUCACUUUGUAACAACCAAAUAUAGGAGCAUGUGCUUGUGCUUUGCCUUUGCAUUUAUGUAGGAGAGAGAAAUAAUGAAAAGUAACCUGUAGCCAUUCAAUGAAGAAGAGUUUUCAUGCUUGCCCUUA